AUCGAUAAUAAAAAUGGAUUUUUUACACCCUAAAGUCGCAAAAAAACGUAUAGUUUUGGAAUUUUUCGUUUAGUAAUUAGAUCUACAUGAUUAACCCUUAAGUACCAUGGCGGAGUCAAAUUUGACCCUCCACGUUUUGUAUGCCAAGUUUCGCAGCCAAAACAUUUAUGGCGCGCUGCGCCCGUUCUGCUAAUCUUCGAUUCCAUUAAUUUAUCUGUUACCACUGCAGAGUUAGGCACAUGUCAAUAACUUAUUAAGGACCAUUUGACUCAUAGAGCUCAGCAUGUUUACGGAGAGAACUUCGUAGUGUCAUUUUUAAAGUUUCCGGACUUCAGGAACCAGUGGAGAGGAAGGUGUAAAAUAUCGCCAUAUUCUAAAAAUCAAGAAAGAAAGCUCAUCGUGCGAUAAAUGUCGAGAAUUUAUUCGCAAAAAUCAUGCCCGCACGAAAACGUUAUGCAUAAGUUGUGUUGAAAAGU